CACACGCCCCCACCGCCCUUUACGCCCUCAACCCUCACGCCACUCACCCAAGGCGCCGAAGCCCUCGUCUACAAAACCAGCUUCCUCACCCCCAAUACACCCGCGAUCCUCAAGUACCGGCCGCCGAAACCAUAUCGCCACCCGGUGCUCGAUCGCCGCCUCACGCGACAGCGGCUGCUGGCGGAAGCGCGGGGCCUCGUGCGUGUGCGGAGAGACGGCGUUAAUGUACCGCGAGUGCUGGGCGCGGACUGGGAUGCGGGCUGGAUUGUUAUGGAGUUUGUUGAGGGAAGGACGGUGAGGCGCGUGUUGGAUGAGUGGGUUGCUUCUGAAACAAGAAAAGGGAAACAGGAAGAAGACGAAGAAGAAGAAGAAGAAGAAGAAGAAGACAUUCUCAAUCUCAUGCGCAGAGUAGGUGCUCAAAUCGGAAAGCUACAUGCCCUGGGUGUAUGUCACGGAGACUUGACAACGAGUAAUAUCAUGUUGCGCUCUCCUCCUUCCCCUUCCCCUUCUCCUUCUCCCUCAACCACUUCCCCAUCUACCCCCUCACUACAAGGCGCCAUCUACCUCAUCGACUUUGGCCUAACCAGCACCUCCAUCGCCGACGAAGACAAAGCCGUCGAUUUGUACGUUCUCGAGCGCGCUUUUAGCGCCACGCAUCCCGCUGCCGAGCCGCUGUUCCAAGAGGUGCUGCGCGCAUAUGGCGUCUCGGGGAAAGAUGGGGGCAAGGCGGCGCGAAGGGUGUUGAAGAGACUCGAGGGCGUGAGGUUGAGGGGCCGGAAGAGGAGUAUGCUUGGGUAA